UCUAGUCCCUCUUCUCUUUUUUCUUCAUCGACGAACCUAGCGAAUCCUUCGAAGCUGCUAAAAGGAGAAGACCAUCGACUGUCUUCUGCGAUUGCUACUUCUUCUUCCUCUGGGUCUGCGACUGCUACUUCCUUUGGUCUACGAUUGCUUCUUCGACUGUUUGUGAUUGACAACCAAGUCCUCCCUUGUCUCUAUCAACUUCUCACUCAAAACCACAAGAAAAGCAUUAAGAAAGAAGCUUGUUGGACUAUCUCAAAUAUCACUGCUGGGAAUAGAGGUCAAAUACAGGCAGUCAUCGAGGCCAAUAUUAUCGCUCCUCUAGUACAGCUGCUUCAACAAGCAGAAUUUGACAUCAAGAAAGAGGCUGCAUGGGCCAUCUCAAAUGCCACCUCUGGAGGAUCUCCUGAGCAGAUCCGAUUCUUGGCAAGCCAAGGUUGCAUUAAGCCACUUUGUGAUCUUCUAAUCUGUCCAGACCCAAGGAUUGUAACUGUGUGCCUGGAGGGACUUGAGAACAUUUUGAAGGUUGGUGAGGCCGACAAAGAAAUGGGUAUGAAUGGAGGAAUCAAUCUAUAUGCACAAACGAUUGAUGAAUGUGAAGGAUUGGACAAGAUUGAGAACCUCCAAACCCAUGACAACAAUGAGAUUUAUGAGAAGGCUGUGAAGAUCUUGGAGAGAUACUGGGCAGAGGAGGAUGAAGAACAGAAUCUUCCAGACGGUGCAGAUGGCAAUCCGCAAAGUUUCAACUUCGGAAAUAGCCAGCCCAACCUUCCUUCUGGUGGCUUCAAAUUUGGUUAG